AUGGCUUUCUCGCUAAAGAAUCUAUGCUAUGCUGCUGGCCAAGCUGCAUUCAGAGAGUUUUUGAAAAGUGAAUUCAGUGAAGAGAACAUUUUGUUCUGGUUAGCCUGUGAAGAGUACAAGAAAGUGAAAUCCACCAGUAAAAUGAAUGCCAUGGCAAACAAGAUCUACUCAGAAUUUGUCAAAGUGCAAGCUCCCAGAGAGAUAAAUAUUGACUGUGGAACCCGAGACAGCAUAACCAAAAACAUUUCAUCACCAAACAUUAAUUCUUUUGACAACGCUCAGAAAAUUAUCUAUAGUCUGAUGGCAAAGGACUGUUACCCUCGAUUCCUAAGGUCAGACCUCUACAAGGCACUUCUCAAAAAGUCACAAAGCAGAAACAAGGAAAGAUGAGUUGUCAUUUAUGUUGUUAAAAGUUUGUCAAAUUUGCUGUAUAGUGCAAGUAAUUAAAUGUAAAACAGAUAUGCAGUGAGAAAUAGCUGACUGUGAAGUUGUAUUUUUCCCAGAAUUCCCUGUAUUUUGGACUCUUGGCGGUGCUGCAGAUACUGAGUGCUCAUGUCAAUGUUUUGUAUGAUUUAGACCUUGGCUCUCCAUUUUGUCUUAUAAUCAUUUAUAUGUGCUCCCCUAACAGUACAUCUUUAAACUUUGAUUGGAAAGAUGCUGCCAUUCAGCUGAAAAAAUCCUUAAUAUUGACAGACGGCUAAAGGGUGGUGGGCAUGAAAGGCAAAUAGGAAUAAUCUGGUGGGCCAGCACAGAGUUCCCAAUCCUUUCAUCAAUCCCAUACUUCAAAUUGCAGCCGUGUUUAGUCUACAAAGUCCUCAUUGGGGCAGUGGCAUUGACAUGGAUCAAUAUUUUGUUGGAAAUGCAUCAAAAUUAAAUGAUAUAUUGGGUAGGAUAGCUGGUUCUCUUCCAACAUUUUCUUAUUUUUUUAUAAAGUGUCACAGUCUUAAUCUAAAAACAUCAAUAUGCACAAUAGUCGAUAUUAAACCAUGCAUGAGGGACGUUCAAAAAGUUUCAGCACUUUUAUAUUUACGUUUGAAACGGUGAAGGCAGGAGGAGUAGUAACUGGUCAUAUGUCAUGUGACUUGCUCUGUCUGGUAAGUAGGCUGCCCUUGCAGUUUAGUAAAAGAGUUGUCACCCUGUGGUGAAGAUGACUGCAAAACUUAUAAAUUGCACCAAAGAGGAGCAGCAUUCUGUCAUACGCCUUUUAUAGGCAGAAGGU